AGCAGACGAACUCGAAUGAUUGCCGGCUGUAAGUUUGUUUGGUGGGAACGGGAGGCGAUAGAGGGCAAGGUACGUGUAAAAACAAAUAAUACAACCAGGAAUUCCGGGUUGAUACUAGCCAGAAUUAGAAAAAAUUGGUGGGGGAGUACAGGGUCAAAAAUGGCUGUUGUUUUCCAGUCUUCACUCAGAGUCUGCAGAAGGAGUUUACAGUUUACCCCUGUAUCACUCAAGGUUUGUAAUCAGCAAGUGCGAUAUUUGAACCUAUUGGAAUGUCACAGCAAGGUCUUGCUUCAAGAUAAUGGUAUAAAUAUUCAAAAAUUCAAAAUUAUAGAAGAUUCAAAAGACAUCAAGAGUUUAAAAGAGGAAUUCAAAGUGAACGAGUAUGUAGUCAAGGCUCAGGUCUUGGCAGGAGGGAGGGGGCUUGGACACUUUGACAAUGGCUUUAAAGGUGGUGUUCACUUAACCAAAGACCCCUCAAAGCUAGAGGAAAUUAUUGCCAAAAUGGUGGGCCACCGAUUAAUCACCAAGCAGACUUCAAAAGACGGAAUACUUGUGAAAAAGGUUAUGGUGGCAGAAUCCGUAAACAUUUUUAGAGAAACUUACUUCUGUAUCCUUAUGGACAGGUCACACAAUGGCCCAGUGAUAGUGGCAUCACCGGCAGGAGGAAUCGACAUAGAAAAUGUGGCGGAAAAAACUCCUGAGCUCAUUGGGACAUACCCAAUCGACAUAUUUGAAGGACUCACUCAGGAAAAAGCAAAGGAAAUUGCAAGAUUUCUCAAGUUUGAAGGAACUUUACUGGAAAAGGCCGCCAAGGAGAUAGAGUUAUUGUGGAAGCUGUUUCUGAACGUGGAUGCAGUACAGCUGGAGAUUAACCCUCUGGUGGAGACCAAGGAGGGGGAGGUUGUUGCUGUUGAUGCCAAGAUACAGUUUGAUGACAAUGCUGAGUUUCGUCAGAAAGAGAUCUUCAAAAUGAAUGAGACAGGAGAGAUGGAUGCCAGAGAAGUAGAAGCUGCUCGUUACAACCUCAACUAUGUUGGACUUGAUGGAAACAUUGGUUGUCUAGUGAACGGGGCCGGGCUAGCCAUGGCUACGAUGGAUAUCAUCAAGUUGCAUGGAGGUGAACCGGCCAACUUCCUGGAUGUGGGAGGCGGAGUCACAGAAAACCAGGUUCUCCAUGCCUUCACCAUUCUCACUUCAGAUCCAAAUGUGAAAUCACUGUUGGUCAACGUUUUUGGAGGAAUCGUAAACUGUGGAAUUAUAGCUAAAGGUAUUGUGAAUGCCACAAAAACUCUGCAACUUAAAGUUCCUUUGAUCGUCCGUUUGGAAGGAACAAAUGUAAAUGAAGGGAAGAGAAUAAUGAAAGAAUCGGGUCUGCCAAUACUGUUUGCAAACAGCUUUGACGAAGCAGCACAACAAGCUGUGGCCAGUUUGAACAAAUAACACUGCCUUUCCACCCAUACAUGACUGAUAGUUCAUAAGUAGUACUAAAGUGCAUAGUAUAUAAACUGUAUUUUUUCAAGUUCGUGUUGAAAUUAUGAUUUGUUUCUGUUUGCCUUCGAAAGUCUUGGUAUAAACAAAUAUCUACUUGAAUUGGUGAGUAAAUUUCAAUCAAAUUAUAAAUGUGAAUCAAAAUUGAGAAAAAUAUUUACUUACAUAUAAUUAUCCCCCAGGUAUGUAUGAUUAUUAUUUUAUUGUUUUUUUAUCAUAGUUUUCAAUCCCUUUAGAUGAUAUUUCCUCUCAGUUUCAUCGGAUUCCUUUGGCAUAAUGUCAUCCUCGGGGUUCAGUAGGUCUUGUCUUCGAUUGUUAGAAAGAUGUACUCAGUUUCUCAGUUCAGGGUUUCCUCAACAGUUGACACUUCAUUCAUCUUGAGCUGAUGGUUCUCCCAUCUCAAUCAUAGAGGUUCUAGUUUAUAUCUGCACAAAGUUCCCUUGAGAACCAGUUUGAGAACCUUCCCAGUGAUCUGAUUAGGAGAAUAGGAGUACUUAUAAUUAGAGAUCUCAUGGUUUUAAGGAGGCUCUGUUAAAUAAACCAGAUCAUCCGCCCCCUCGACAAGGAAAGCGAUAUACUUUGACUUAGAACCCCACAGUACUAAGUGUCUGUUGUACAAACUAUUAAUGGUAAUCCCACAGCUCGCACUACCAAGAAUUCCAUCUUAGAUUUACCAGGAUUAGCAAAAUCAAGGUCAAUUGAAGGGUGCUGAUAUCUACCUCUCAGUCACUAAGGGAAGCGGGUAUAUUUACUUUGCAUCUAGCAUCCUGCUACAUUCCCCAAUAUUCCUCUAAUCUGAGGACUCCUCAACCCUCCAGCCAUAAAUCAAAAACAAAUGCAUGUGUGAAGAUACAGAAUAUUUCAA